AUGAUCAGAAAAGAGGCUUAUGUACAUAAAAGUAUGAUGGAGGAACUGAAGAGUAUAAUUGAUGACAGUGAAAUUACCAAAGAGGAUGAUGCAUUAUGGCCUCCUCCUAACCGAGUGGGCCGGCAGGAGCUUGAAAUCAUUAUUGGAGAUGAACACAUUUCUUUUACAACAUCAAAAAUUGGUUCCCUUAUUGAUGUCAGUCAAUCCAAGGAUCCAGAAGGCUUAUGAGUAUUUUAUUAUCCUGUCCAGGACCUGAAGUGUUUGGUCUUCAGUCUUACUGGAUUACACUUCAAGAUUAAACCAAUCUAA